AUGAAUACUUUUAUUAAUAAUUAUCAAUUUUUAAAUUGUACUCAAGAAGUUAUUAAUUGUUUAAAAGAAGCAAAAAAAAUAACUUUAUUAACUACUUCUAUCACUUCUUCUAAUUAUACUUUAAGACCUAUUCACUUAUGUUUAAGUUUAAUAUUUAAUUCUAAAUUAAUACAAAAAAUUUUAAAUAUAAAUCCUAAUAUAUUAUUAAAUAAAAAAAAUAUAUUAAAUGUAAUUUAUAAUUAUAAAUUAUAUAAUUAUAAUUUUUCAUUAAAUAAAAAUUUUAAAAUAGAUACUAAUAUUUUAUAUAUACUUAAUAUUUUAAAUACAUUACCUUAUCCUUUCAAUACAUUACUUUUAUUUUAUUUUUUAUGAAAACAAAAUAAAACUAUAUAUUCUUUUAUUUUUUAUAUAUUAAAUAUACAAAAUUAUAAUUUAAAUAUAAUAAAAAAUUAUACUAAAUAUUUUUUUCCUAAAAUAAUUAUACCUACUAAUUUAAAAGAUAUUUUAAAUAUACUUGACUUAAAUAUUAAUUUAAUAGGAAGAGAAAAAGAAUUAAAAAACAUAAAUGAAAUUUUAAUACGAGAUUUAAAUAGAAAUAUUAUAUUAUUAGGAGAAACUGGAAUUGGAAAAUCUAUAAUAAUUAAAAAAAUAGCAUCUUUAAUUCCUACUAAAAUUUUUUUAGAAUUAAAUAUUCCAAAUUUAAUUACAUACUCUACUGAUAUAGAAUUAAUAAAAACUUUUUUUAAAUUUUUAAAUAAAUAUAAUAAUAUAAUUUUAUAUUGUAAAGAUUUUCAUUUAUUAAUUGAUAAUUCUACUGUAGAUAUAACUUAUUUAAAAAAUACAAUAUAUAAAAUGUUAUAUUUAAAUAAACUUCAAAUUAUAGGAACUAGCGUAGAUAAUAUAUAUAAUAAAAUAUUAUAUACUGAGAAUAAUUUAAAAUUUUUAUUUUCAAAAAUAAAUAUUAAAGAACCAACAAAAUAUAUAACUUUAUUAAUAAUGAAACAAUAUCUUAAAACUAAUAAUAUUUAUUGGAUAAAUGAUACUAUUUUAGAAAAUAUUAUUGAUUUAAGUAAAAAAUUUAUUAAUUCUUAUGUUUCCCCAAAAAAAGAAUUAUUAAUUUUAGAUGCUAUUAUACAUAAAUAUAAAAAUAAUAAAUAUGUUUCUAAAAAAGAAAUUUUAACAAUUAUUUCACAAUAUAGUGAAUUACCUACUUCAUUAAUUUUAAAAGAAACUAAUAUAUUUAAUAUUAGUAAUAUAGAAUUAAAUUUAAAAAAAUAUGUUUUUGGUCAAGAUAUUGCAGUUACUAAAAUUGCUACUUCUUUAAAGCGUACUUAUACAGGAUUAAAAGAUAAAAAUAAACCUAUAGGAAGUUGAUUAUUAUGUGGGCCUAGUGGUACAGGUAAAACUGAAUUAGUAAAAUCAUUAGCUUAUUUAUUAUUUGGAUCUGAGAAAGAAUUAAUUAGAUUUGAUAUGAGUGAAUUUAUGGAAAAACAUUCUAUUUCAAAAUUAAUAGGAUCCCCACCUGGAUAUGUAGGAUGUGAUGAAGGAGGUUUAUUAACUGAGGCAGUAAAAAAAAAACCAUAUUCAGUUAUUUUAUUUGAUGAAAUAGAAAAAGCACAUAAAGAUAUUAAUAAUAUUAUGUUACAAUUAUUAGAUGAGGGUAAUUUAACAGAUUCUAAAGGAAUGAAAGUAGAUUUUACUAAUACAUUAAUUAUAUAUACUAGUAAUUUAGGAUGUCCUACAUCAGUAGUACAAUUUAAAUCAUUUCAAGAUGGACUAGAAUUAUCCGAAGAAGAAUAUAAAUUUUUAUCUAAAAAUGUAGAUAAUGCAGUAAAAAAAUUUUUUAGACCUGAAUUUUUAAAUAGAUUAGAUUCUGUAGUUGUUUUUAAGCCACUUAGUGUGGUAUGUUUAACAAAUAUUAUAGAUAAAUUUAUUAAUAAUUUAUUACAAAAAUUAAAAGAAAAUAAUAUUUUAUUACAAAUAGAAAUUACACAAGAAAUAAAAAUAAUUUUAGCUAAAUUAGCAUAUCAUCCUUUAUAUGGAGCUAGACCUUUAAAAAGAAUAAUUGAACAAUUUAUAGAAAAACCUAUUUCAGAACUUAUAAUUAAUUUUAAAUUUAAAACACCACAUUUAUUUUCAAUAUUUAAAGAUAAACAAAAAGAAACUAUUAAUUAUUUAUUAAAAAAAAUUUAA